AUGGAGAUGAGGCUUGUCGCCUGCGAGCGUAUGUCAGAGACACAACGCUCGAAAAAGACUCGAUUGUGUUUGUGCUUCGUGGAGCAGCUUGUCUGUAAUGGAGAUGAGGCUUGUCGUCUGCGAGCGUAUGUCAGGGACACAAUGCUUGAAAAAAAGACUCCAUUGAAUUGCUUCGUGAAGCAGCCUGUCUACAAUGGAGAUGAGGCUUGUCGCCUGCGAGCGUAUGUCAGGGACAAAAUGCUCGAAAAAGACUCCAUUGAGUUUGUGCUUCGUGGAGCAACUUGUCUGCAAUGGAGAUAA